UCUAAACCACUACCACAAACCUAAUUCUACAACUUUUAUCCAUCCCUUUCUUCUCUUCCUUUUCUCCUCUACCUCCAACACUUUUUCCUCCUAAUAUUUGCCCGUUUACAUAUACACACAUACUUGAACACAGAUUCCUUUCAAACAUGCCAUAUUUGUUACUGCAAAAACAAGUAAAAAUAAAAAAUGUCGUAUGUAGUCGCGGAAACACUCGUCGUGAUCAUCCUCUUUUCUCUGUCGAUCGUUCGCUCCGACGACGCACAGUUCACAAUUCCUGCUGAUAAGUCCCAAUUAGGAAGUUGGUUUAGCAAGAACUUCGGCGAGGCCUCCGCCGUGAAGCCGACGGCGGCGAGCACGGGUGCAGGUGCAGGUCCUCCGAAGGUGAUCAGGGUGGGCGGCGGUGGCGAAUUCAAGACAGUGACAGAGGCCAUAAAGAGCAUCCCCACCGGCAACGCGCAACGCAUCGUCGUGUGGAUUGCCGCCGGUAAUUACACAGAGAAAAUCGUAAUCCCCAAGGAUAAGCCGUUCAUUACAUUGUAUGGCGACCCCAUGAACAUGCCGGUUUUGGUAUUUGACGGCACGGCAGCCAAGUACGGAACGGUGGAUACCGCCACAUUGACAGCCGACUCCGACCAUUUUAUGGGCGUGAAUUUGAAAGUGGUGAAUUCUGCACCAAGGCCAGACGGAAAGAGGGUGGGAGCUCAGGCGGCAGCUGUUAGAGUAGGCGGAGAUGCCUCAGUUUUCUAUAACUGCAGAUUCUAUGGAUAUCAAGAUACCCUUUUUGAUUACAAGGGGAGACAUUUGUUCAAAGAUUGCUACAUUGAAGGCACUGUUGAUUUCAUUUUUGGAAGCGGAAAAUCUAUUUACCUGAAUUGUGAGAUACACGUGAUUCCGGGAGAUCAAAUGGCAAUCAUCGUAGCGAAUGCUCGACACGAUGAAAAAGAGGAGAGCGGCUUCAUUUUCGUGCAUUGCUCAGUGACAGGGACGGGGCAAACCGCGGUCCUGGGCAGGUCGUGGUUCCCCUAUCCCAAGGUGGUCUACGCCUUCUGCGAUAUAAGCGACGUUAUCAAGCCUGAAGGAUGGUCUAACAAUUUCCAUCCAGAAACUAACAGUACCGUAUUUUUUGGAGAAUACAAAAACCAAGGGCCGGGUGCCAACUUGGAGAAGCGAGUCACGUUUGCUAAGAAGCUUAGCGAGGAAGAAGCUAAACCAUUCAUCACCUUUGCUUAUAUAGAGGCGUCAACAUGGUUGAUGCCUGCUGCCAAACUUUAAAUAAAUCAAAACUUCCACUAUAUAUACAUUCGUACUAGAUGGGUGUGUGUAUGUAUUAUAUAUAUAGAAAGGGAUUUAGUUAUGUAUUACCUUGCCACCUCGUGUUCAUGGGUUAUUAUUAUAUAGCUUAUAAAGUUCAAUUAUCGAAUCAUCUUAUUUGUAAUUUUUUAGUUAUUUUUUAGUUUUUUGGGGACGAGGGAAGUUGGUAGUUGCUGCAAUGUUGCUAUUGUGUUGUAGUUAGGGAUUUAGUUUUACGUACUUUACUUUUAGUUUUAAUUUUUUAAAUAGAGAAUUGAUAAAAUUUCGCCAUUUACGUUA